GAUGAGCAGCUCUUCCUCUUUAGCUCCGAGUCCCAAAAGGUUGGAUGGCAAAGUGGCAAUAAUCACUGGAGGAGCUAGCGGCAUUGGAGAGAGCACUGUAAGAUUGUUUGUCCAGCAUGGUGCCAAAGUCAUCAUAGCCGAUGUCCAAGACGAACUUUCUCUGUCCCUCUGCAAAGAACUCGACCCGGAUGAAGAAUCCGUUUGCUACACCCGCUGCGAUGUCAAGGUUGAAUCUGAUGUGAAAAAUGUAGUGGAUUUGGCUCUGUCCAAGUAUGGCAAGCUUGACAUCAUGUACAACAAUGCCGGCAUACCGGGCAACUUGGAGCCAACAAUUUUAAGCGCUGGUGCCGAAAACUUCAAACAAGUGUUUGAUGUGAAUGUAUACGGAGCUUUCUUGGGCGCCAAGCAUGCUGCUAGGGCUAUGAUCCCUGCCAAGAAAGGUGUCAUUUUGUUCACUUCAAGCGUAGCAUCCGCGAGCUGCGGUGAGUCUCCACACGCUUACACCAUGUCGAAGCACGCGGUGGUGGGACUUAUGAAGAGCUUGUGUGUGGAGCUGGGGCAGCAUGGGAUCAGAGUCAACUGCAUUUCUCCAUGUGCCAUGGCAACUCCAUUGCUAAGAAAUGUUAUGGGGAUGGAGAGAGAUGCGGUGGAGGAGCUGAUUUGUGCUGCGGCGGUGUUGAAAGGGGCGGUGCCUAGGGCAGAGGAUGUGGCGGAAGCUGCGGUGUACUUGGCAAGUGAGGAGUCUAAGUUUGUAAAUGGACUGAACCUUCUUGUGGAUGGAGGUUAUAGCACCACUAAUCAAUCUUUUAGUAUGGUUUUGAGAAAUUUGAUGUCCUCAAACCAAGUUUUGUAAGCACCACAUGCAUUUUGCUGUGCUGCCACUAUAGUCUUGCUAAUGUUGGAUCCUUUUUGCCCUUGCUCUUUCAGAGUAUAAGUCUUCAUUCCAAAAAUCUUCCCCAUGUCUUCUAAUGGCCCAUGCCCUAAUUAGUUGUA